AUGUUCAGUUGGAAGUACGAUCACUACUGGGUAGCUAAACCAGCCCAUUUUGCAUUAAAUACCACCAUCAACACUGAGGAGAUCUUCAGCACUCCAGAGAAACCUUCCAAGAACAGCAUCAUGAUCAUCUCCGUGCUUUUGCUAGUCACCCUGCUACCAUAUCUGACUGCUCCAGCAUCUGUGCAAGUGGGUAUAGUAAACGGCACAGAAGCCAAACCUCAUUCAAGACCCUACAUGGUUUCAGUUCAAAGUGACAACAAACACAAAUGCGGUGGCUUCCUUGUAUCUGAAGAGUUUGUCAUAACGGCUGCGCACUGUUUUAAAGAAGGAGAGAAGCUGACAGUUGUGGUUGGAGCUCAUGAUUACACUCAUGGUUCUUGCCACAUGGAUGUGAAGUUCUACCACAUUCACCCUGGGUAUGAGUCUAAAAGUCUGCUAAAUGACAUCAUGCUACUUCAGCUACAUGAAAAGGUCAAUAAGAGCAAGAACGUCAACUGGAUCUCCAUACCAAAGAAAAAUAAGGACAUCAAGACCAAGGUCAAAUGCAGUGUUGCAGGAUGGGGGAAAAAAAACACCAAAGGUGCAGCGAGUGCUAAGCUUAUGGAGGUGGACGUCACCAUCAUUGAUGCAAAAGAAUGUAAGAAGUACUGGGGGAAAAAUUACUCCACUUCACGUAUGUUGUGUGCAGGUGGUCGCGGAGGAUUUUGCCAGGGGGAUUCUGGAGGACCCUUGGUGUGCAAUAAUGUCGCAGUCGGUGUCGUUUCAUUCAACGAGCUAAACAACUGUAACUCACCUAAGCUACCGAAUGUCUACACCAAGAUUUCCAAAUUUCUAAGUUGGAUAAAAGCUAUUCUUGAAGCUGCACACUGUGCUAGGAAAGCAGUUUUGGAAAAAAAGGUGAAGACGGUGAAAAUCCCACAACUACAUUACAGCGUUAAAAGCAAUACCCAGUGCUUGGUUGCUGGAUGGGGUUCCACUAAACAGCGCGAAGUUGUCAAUGACCUUUUGGCCUUGAAUGUAUCAACUGUUGACAUCCACAACUGCAAGGAAGCAUGGAAGAAAUACAAAGAAAGCAUCACAAAACUUCCACCAAAUAUCAUCUGUGCUGGAGGAUAUAAACAGAAUGGAGGAGUGUGCUUGGUAAUAAACAUACAGGAGAGACCGGGGCAAGUUGUCACAAUUUCUUAA